AGGAAGUUGUUGUUUGUCUUAUUAUUUCCCAGGACAGCAGACACACACCUUCUGCGUUCGUACAGACAAGUUACAGAUCGAGUAUAGUUUAAUAGUUUCGGUGUUUUAGUUUAAGCCGUGUGACACACCGUCGGUUAGUAGAGUGUACACAGGUGUAUUCCUCGACAGUACUUGUAAGAAUGGCUCAGGUGUGGUUUACCUGCGUCAUUGGGUUUCUUUGUUGUCUCCCUCUUCUGAAUGCGUGUACAUGGGACCCAAACACGGACGUGGAACAAGGUCUGAGUAUUAAAUCGUACGACAACGGCGCAGCUUACCUGGCUUACCUGCCGGAAAUCUCAGACGAUGAAGAGUGUCAACAGGCUUGCUGUGACAGAGACGAGUGCCAUCUCGCUCUCAUCGGGACUCCAGCGGAUGCCGGAAAGUCAGAGUGCCGCCUGGUGAGCUGCAUUAAAGACGGCGUCGACGUCUGCGUUUUGACGCCCAGCACGCAGUUCAAGGUGUACCGCAAAAUCGACAGCGCAGGUGAUGUGCUGAACCAAAACGACGAUGAUGUUCGCUCUGCAUUCACGACAGAUGACUGCCGUCUGCCAAGUGUGGUUGGAAAAUGUCGUGCUGCCUUUCCACGAUUCUAUUACAAUGUCACCAGUCAGACCUGUCAGCAAUUCGUCUAUGGGGGCUGUGGGGGAAACAACAAUAAUUUUGAGACCCAGGAGGCAUGCGAGACAGCGUGCAGUGGGAUGAAAGAAUUAGAUUCUCACGUCGUGUCUCAACGCAGUAGGAUGUCCAACCCUGAAGAGAGAAGUGCUGAUGAACCAAAGGCUCUCGCUAAAAUGACAUCUGAUGAAUUCAAAGAGAAGUGUCUGGCCUCUGAGGAGACUGGACCCUGCAGAGCCUCCAUGAGACGCUACUUCUACAAGAACGGCACCUGUGAACAGUUUAUCUAUGGAGGCUGCCGAGGCAACAAGAACAAUUAUGAAACUGAGGAGGCAUGCAUGACAACCUGCACAGUCACAGUCAUUCCCAGAAAUGAAGAGGCACCUGUAGCACCUGUAACCCCCAGUUCACCUAGCCAAGAAGCCUGUUUCGCACCUGCUCAGUCUGGCCCAUGCCGUGCUGCCUUCCGCAUGUUUUACUUUGAGUCCAGUACCCAGUCCUGUGUGCCCUUCAUCUAUGGAGGCUGCCGGGGUAACCAAAACCGCUACACCAGUGAGGAGGAGUGCAUGUCAGCUUGUUCUGGAAAUCAAUGGAGUUCUCAUGGACACCCUAGACGUUGGACUCCAGCCUUCUUCCUAGUGGCCACCCUGGCCAUCAUGUCGGCCGUUCUGCUGGUGGGUUUGAUCCUGAUCGCAGUGCGCAGGGGCUCCAGAAGGUUCCUUGUAUUUGAUGAUAAGGAGGAGUUACUGCCUGCUGAUGAGUGGUCUUUUGAGCAAUCAUCUAAAACAGUCUCCAAUUAAAGCUGGUGGGCGUCUGACCUCUCUCGUUGUCUGGUACAAAAAGUCCAACUCGUGACACUCCAUGUCAGACUUAAUUCAAACGUAUAGAAAUUUAAUGUGGGAUGUUGCACUAACCUUUGGUGAAUUGGUCUAAAAAGAAAUACUUCUCUGUUACUUUCACCUAUAAUACUUUUAUGAUUAGGAUCAUAUAGAGUACAAGUAAGGAAUGUAUUUAUUGUCACAAACAACCAUAAUUAUUCAUAAGUGAUUUCACAGGAGCUUUAAAAUAUAUAUAAAUGUUACUAUUUUUAAGGCACAUUUUUGGUUCUUUGGUCUUUGAAAGCCUAUGCCAGAUAAUGACUUGAACAAUAUUUGACAUAAAAUAAAAAUUUAUGUAGGUCGCAAACCUACAAGCCGCAGUUUAAAACUUUGCUUAUUAACAUUUGGUCUUUUCUCACAAUUUCCCUAAAAAGGUCAAUAUUAAUUUUCAAAUAAUAAAAGUUUGGUUAAUUGGUAAAAAUCUGAUAUGAAAGCAUGAUUGUUUCAUAGUCAAAGUAUCAUUGAAAUAGCAAAAAAGAAAUGAAAACAAAUUGAGGCCUUUUAGAAAUGCAACUGAUCUGCAUUCUGUAUUUAUGUUUUAACCUGGAAAAUCUGUUAAUGACGGCAAUUAAAUAAACUGUGAUUAAAUAAAAA